UCCGAGUCGCGGCGAGCGAGUGGGCGCUCGGAAGCAAAAGAGCGCAAGUCGGCAACGCGGGCGGGCAGGCGGCGCGCACAUGGCCGCCCUCAUCAGCGCCUACUCGUCGUGGCCCGAGUCGUUCGAGUGUCCCCCGGCGGACGGUGACUUGGCCUCGGCCGCGGCCGACGCGCAUCGCGGCGCCGGCGGCGGCGACAAGCCGGCCGAGCCGCGCAUCCGGCGGCCCAUGAACGCCUUCAUGGUUUGGGCCAAGGACGAGCGCAAGCGGCUGGCCGUGCAGAACCCGGACCUGCACAACGCCGAGCUCAGCAAGAUGCUCGGGAAGUCGUGGAAGGCCCUGACGCCGCCCCAGAAGAGGCCCUACGUGGAGGAAGCCGAGCGCCUGCGUGUGCAGCACAUGCAGGACUACCCCAACUACAAGUACCGGCCCCGCCGCAAGAAGCAGCUGAAGCGCAUCUGCAAGCGGGUGGACCCCGCGUUCCUGCUGGGCGGCCUGGCCCCCGACCAAAACGCCCUGCCCGAGCAGCGGGCCCUGUGCCGACCCCUGGAUAAGGACGACGGGAGCGACCCGGCGGCGGCGGCCGUCCGCUUCGCCGGCCCCGGCCCGGCCCUGCCGAGCUUCCGGGACCCGGCGGCUUCGACGAAAAAAAAAGUGGACCGCGAGCACGCGCCUCCCUCUUACUACCCCGCCAUGUCCUGCUCUUCCCCUGACGGGCGCCACGCGAGCCAGAUGGGCAGCCCGCCGCCGUACCACCCGGACUACGCUCCGAGCCACAUGCAAUGCGCGGGGCCGCACGUGUCCCACAUGACCCCCGGUCAGAGCGGCGGCCUGAUCCCCGGCUCGUACUACGCCGCCUCGCCGUUCCCGCUGCCCCACCACGGCCUCCGCCACGGCCACGCGGGGCAGCUGUCCCCGCCGCCGGAGACUCAAGGCCACCUGGAGACUCUGGAUCAGCUGAGCCAGGCCGAGCUCCUGGACGAGGUGGACCGCAAUGAGUUUGACCAGUACCUCAACUCGGGAGGGGGCGGCUUCCACGCCGAGCAAGGCGGCGGCGGCGGCGUCACAGGCCACAUCCAGGUGUCCGCCGCCACGAGCGCCACAGAGACCAGCCUGAUUUCGGUCCUGGCCGACGCCACCGCCGCCUACUACAACAACUACGGCAUCUCGUGAGCCGCGGGGCCGCCGCCAUCAAAGACGCUUCCGACAUCCGUCCCUUCAUUUUCUAGCACUGCUCCCGUUCGGGGUCACGCGUCGGUGGGAGGUCAUCCCCAGAGAGUUUGGCGCGACAAGCCGAGUUCACCCUGAACCGGCCGCCAGUCAAUCACAGUGCACACAACACGCAUCCAUUGGCUUUGUAGACCGCCGCGCCCGUGAAGGUUGCUGGAGGCUCCCUGAGCCGACUCUCGGCGACGGAAGUCGCGACCACCCAACGUGGCGCGCACGCACGCUAGAAGCUAUCCGUCCAUCCGUUUUCCGUCACGCUUGUCCUCGUUCAGGUCCCAGCAGAUUGAAGAGUUUUUAGCAGGGGAACUCCGAAUGGGUCACAAGGCACUUCUCGGCAAACGUGCAGCCGUUAUUUUCGACCCUUUCGGCUCACCGGUAACUGGAGUCUCGCCGAGAAGGCUUUCGUGCUUUUGCUGGAGGCUCCCCGACCCGCCUUGGCACUUUUGGCGGCAGAAGCGGGGUUGUUUCUCGCAACGCGCAUACACUGUCGCGAUAGAGACAUGCAUCCAAACAUUUUUUUUUCCAUCCGCAUCGGGGUAGCGAGCGGGUCACGAUCCCCAAAGACUUCUUUCUCCCUUUUGGUGAGAGGAGCACCUGGACCAGUUGCCAAUUAAUCGUAGCGCACGUACAUCAGCAAAGAAUUCUUGACAUUCGCACGUCCGAGCAGUUUGAUGUCAGUCUGCAAUGCACUCGACGCGUGCGGCGGGACGAAAA